AUGCCUGAUCACUGUAAAGAAGUAAAUGCAGUGGUUUAUGAAGACCAGAUUUUAAUAGCUAUUUCUAACGUGCAAGCACUACCAGCAAAAGAGGCAAACCAGACUGAUUACUCCACCAGUAAUGAGACAAAUGUUAAUCGAAUCUGUUCAGUGGGAUCAAUUCUGCAGCUACUGUUUCAGAACCAGAUGGGAGACAGCCAACCUGCAAUGCAGAUUGCUUGGACAUAGGAAUUUUCCAAAUAUUUGGGGAAGUUUUUUGGACUUGCUGCUGUAGGUUUAAUAGCUGGAGCAAUAAAAAAGAAGAACCCAGGAGCUUUGCUGCCAACAGCUUCUUCAAGCUUUAUAUUUGCCUAUGUUAUUUAUAUGGGCUAUGGGACACUGUUGAAAAGGGUAAAACUAUGUGUACAGAGAACGCUGGACACACAGAGCACUUUGCUACAAUUGCCAGAAGGAGUGCUGACUUACAAAGAACUGGAGAAAAUUGGAAGAUCUCAGGACAAGUUCUUCAUAGAAAAAUAGGAAGAUAAUAUUAAAGCUUAAUGUCUGAAAUGUGAUUGAAAUACUGGUUUUGGACAUAAGUCAUUGAAAUUGUGAGAAAAUUAUGAGCUUUUAUAAAGUCAAAAUCUGUAUUUUUUAA